GAUUGGUUGAUAAGUAGGCCGUGACGUCACCCGGACGGAAACUUACUUAUAUGGGUAGUGUUGUCAGCGGCCUCCACUUCAGUUGGAAAUUUUCUCGAGUGAACAUUGACUGGAUUACGGUAACCUGUGUCGAUCGUAGUUCAUGUGACGUUCGUGUGAUCUUGUGUUUGUUAAAAACUGUGUUUUAAAGUUUGUUUGUUCUUAUCAACAUUAAAAACAGUUCGGUAGUUGAAGUAUGGCUACGGAUGCGCAAAGGUUAAUCAGCAUUUCGCUGACAAAAAUCGCGCAAUCUCGUAGUCAACGUGGUGGAGUGAGUUUACACAAAAACCUGUUGGUUGCCACAGUUCUUCAGAAAGCCAGAUAUAUAUUCAUGGAAGAAGCCUACCACAUGGUGCACUCACCGACCCAGUACUCUCAGGAUUACACCAACUACGACGAGGAUAACUUGAUCGCACUGACCGCCGAAGAAGCGGGAAUCAGUCCGACAACAGCAUCGUCACCGGCGGCUGCAACAGAUGCAGACGCAGGCGUUCCCGACAUGUCAUACCUGCAGUCACCUGCUGCCUGUGUGCGAUGUCCCGACCACGACAAGGAGAACCAUGCACCCUCCCACGAAACACCCACCUACCUCGACCUGGACAAGGCACCUCGUGAGCAGAGUGUUGUCAUCCUGCGUGAGAGGUCGUCCUCGACGCCGUCAUCCCCGUCCACCCGGUGUCUGAAGAGGAGGCGAGCCGUCGCUGAAUGGGAGACCGAGGAAGCCGUUCUCAGCAUCCUGCCUAAGCGAGCCAAGACCACUACAGAGGACGACUCUGUCUUCCUCGACGAAUCCACCUUGCUGUCAGAAUGCGACGAGGAUAGUGGUGCUACGACUAUGGAAAUCGACAGAAUCACCAGCUUAGUGUCCAUCUUCAGCUUCGGAGGCCAGCUGACGAGGUCCUCCUCCACACCCGAUUUAUGUUCUGCUCAGGCUAAGGAAACUGACUCAUUAACGCAGAGGCCGUUCUUAGCAAUGACAGUCUGAAUAACUGUGCGUCUGACGUGGCUGCAGCAUUUUCCUACCUUUCACAGGUAAAGUAUUGUCUCAAAACGUUUGAUAAUUGUCAAGUUUGUGAGCCAGCUCAACAUACCUACUAAUAUUCAUUUGAUCUGAUCACAUCAAUAUUUUUAUUCAUUCUUUUCCACAAGGGAAAUCCCGUUUUUAUGAUCUGGAUGUUCAUUAAUUUAUUUUGAGGUUAGAUACGGUAUAUCUCAUAAUUAUUCUUGAAGAACAUUAUUUUUUAUAUAUUCGGAUGAUAAAGAUAUGUUUUGUUACUGAAUAGCUUGAAAGUUAGGUAACUAGUGCAUUUUUCAACUUUGUCAGAUGACCCUUUAUAUGACUCGCUUGACAAUUACCUUACGUUUUGCCUAUGUUUUCUCUCACAAUAUCUUUUUUAACCUGAAUAUUCUUCAAAAUGAAGAAAUUCAAUCAAUCUACCAUUCUAUCCAAUGGGCUCAAGAUACUGCAUGUUUUAAACAUUUUUCCAGUAGAAUUUCGUCUACCUAGUAUAAUUUUGAAAUUUUAAUUUUUCCAUAUUUAGUUCUAUUCAUUCUUGAGAAUUCACAAUCAAUCAUAUAACUCAACAAACUGAAUUUAGCCUAAUAUUUUGGAAAUAUCUUCCUGGAUUGCCCUCUGAAUAGAUCUUUCCAGUAGGAGUAGCUUAAAUAGUUGAUAGUAUACUUCAACAGGAGUAUAAUAUAAUAGUAUUUGUUUGUCCACCAGCAGUCCAGCAGCCUUGGCUGCGGGAAUCCUCUUUGUAAGAACAUACCAAACUAAAUAUGGGCAAAAAUAUAGAAUUAAUCGAGUUUCUUUAUUAUAUCAUAAACAAUUGUGAAAGAAGAUAUUGACAUAAGAGAAUUUUAAUAAAAUCCCUAUUAUUUCUUAUAGGAAGAACCUAUUUAGAUUUAACUAUUAUAGGCUACUCCAAAGUAUUAACAAUUUUGCCAAUUGCCCAAUAAGGUAUUGAUUAGCUAAUUUAUAGCUAUUGACUAAAUCAUUACCAACGUUGAAUAUUUUAUAUAUUAGCUCAUCAAUGAAAAUAAACUACCUACCUAAUUAGGCUUAGGUACUGUAAAUCCAUCGACCUCUUCAAAUCAAAUGCAUUUGACUGUCAUUAAUGUGAUUGAGGAUUGAUUGAAAUAGAAUUCACAAUUAUAGAUAAAUUUGUAUUGUUUUGAAAUGAUCAAAGUAUAAUGUGUGGUUCUAUUAUGUACUAAUUUAUUACUGUAUCAGAUCUGAAGCCACUUGAAUUCAACUUAAUCAUAGCAGAUUCUUCAUUAAUGAAGGUAAUUCAUUCAUGUCCCGUUAUUCUAUUAUUUGAUUUUACUAUGCCCAAUCUAAUUUGAAUGUUGGAUAUUGUGAUUGAAUAACAGGUGACAACUGACGCGCCAGGUGGUUGUGUGUGUGUGUGUGUGUGUGUGUGUGUGUGUGGUGUUGCAUUGACAGCCAGCAACGAACUAUUGUGAUCUCGAAAUUGUUAGUUUUAAGUACCGCAUUCGGCCGGCCGAUCCGAGUUACCAACAAGGCCUGUAUUUUAAAGCAAACGUUUUAAAAGUUUAUAUUGGUAAAAUUAUUUUUGUAUAUUUCGGUAAUUUGCCGUAUUGUGAUACAGAAGCUUAGCAAAUAUUGUAAAUUUUCUGUAUUUUUUGUACAUAUUGUAAAUUGAUUAUGUACAUAAUGGGAAAUAUUAUGGCAUACCGGUAUGCUCAUUAUUAUUCAGAUUCUUGAAUUUAUUGUUUUAAUUGCAUGGGAGCAGUACUAGUAGUUAUACUUAUUUUCAUAAACGCAUAAAAUGAGUCCCAAUUUUAUAAAUGAUGUAGAAUGUAGAAGAAUACCCAUCGAUGACACUAGAGUUGCAAUUUCCUUUCAUAAAUAAGUGUUUCUAAAGUAUAUCAUUAAUAGUCAGUUGACAAUGUUGCCAAUUUUUCUCUGUAUCUUAUAUGAUUUAAUUUUUUUUAACUAUUGGUGGCCUUUGCAAUUAACUAUUUUCAACUGCUCCUGUUGCCUUGUUUAAAUUUUCUAUUUUUUAAAACAAGAGUUUAACGCACAGAGAUUUUUUUAUAAAUUAUUUUUGUAUUUUGGUCAUUAUCAACAUAGAAACAAGCAUUUCUGUGAAAAAUAUCACAAUUUUGUAAAUUUAUUGGUUCUGUUUUAAGAACCCAAGUAUUGUAGCUAGAUCUAUCAUUUGUACAUAGAAGUAAGAUUUAUAAUAAAACAAGUUAUACUUUAA